UCAAACCCUUUAAAAAUGAUUGACCUUCAAAUCCUUUCUAAACUCAUUAAGGUAGUAUUUGGAUUAUGAGCAAUGCUCUAUUCAACUCCAUCCAUUUUGCUACCCGACAAACGUUGUCUACGUUAACAAAGCUGUGGAUCCCAGUAGCACAACAGUAGGUCAAAGUUGGGUUCUGGGUAGAAGACCGUUCGCUUCGAAGGCAUGCCAAAUUUCAAAAACGUCAAGCUCCUCCUCCUUCCACCUAUCGUAGGGUUCGAAACUUCAAGCAUAUCUAGCUGCAAGAAUCUCAAAUCCAAACAAACAUCAAGCUCCUCCUCCUUCCAAGCAUCGGUAGGGUUCGAAACAUUCAAGCAAAUAGUAUGCAGGAAUCUCAAAUCGAGGGCGGAAACUCCCGAUUGUGAGAAAAGGAGCUGCGCUACACAGUGAAAAGGGGAUAUUGUCAGGAGUUAUUCGCGGAUAACUGUGCUGUGGCACACGAUGUCAGAUCUCCCGAAUAAUGCAAAAUUGUAGGGGGGCCCUCCAACUACUCUGUUCUCGGCUCAAUUUGUCCCUUUAAGAAGCAGUGGCCUGGAUUUUUGAGAAGCAUCCGCAUUAGAGUUCUGCUCCACGAAUUGCUUGCAUCAUGGCUCCAAAAGGGAAAAAUAUCAUCGAAUGAAGUGAUGAAAUGGACUUCGCUUUCCUAAACGUGAUGCUUGAGAAGCUGAGAAGAACACACACUACAACAUGGAAGACCAGUACUUGGAAAUAGAUCACAGCUGAAAUGAUAAAUCUAUUUCCCGAUAAGCAACUAUUUUUGCAUAAGAUAAAGGACAGGUACCAAAGACUGAAGACAAAUUUCACCCGAUUUUCUGAAAUAGUGAAGCAUACAGACGUCGGGUGGGAUGCAGACACAAACACCAUCACAAUCGACCCAGAUGUUUGGGAUAUGUUUAUAAAGAAGAAUAAGGCGUACAAGACUUUCCGGAGCAAGGGCUACAAGCACUACGAUUUGCAGAAGCAACUGUUUAGUUCUUCGGUGGCUACCGGUGCUCUUUGCAUAUCCUCGACCGAUCCACCUCGAACUUUAGAAGAAGAACACCGGUUAAAUGAGGAAUUCUUAUCUAGGGGGAAGGGAAAGCAGAAACAACAUGUCGAUCUCGAAGAAGGCUCCGACGAGAGUGACGACCCCGCCCAUGUUGCAGAGCCCAUUCUAACCGAGUCUCGACGUCGAGUGCCGAAAAGAUCUCAAAGCAGGAGCUCACAAAUGCAGGAGUGCAUGAACAUAUUCAGGGAGAGUUUCACGAAGAAUCCACAGGACACCCCACCGUCGGUAAAGAGAAGCAAGUCGAUAUCGAGCCCUGACAAACCUAAGAAGAAUAGCAUCGAGGAAGCCCUCGAUGAGUUGGCUAAAUUGGAAUCGAGAAUCCCUCAGCCCUUGUUUGUGAAAGCGGGCGUAGCACUCCUUGAUCCGGGAGUACGGAGGCUUUUCAUGUGGUUCAAGGAGGAGUCACGAAUGGAAUGGAUAUUGCAGUUUCCUCAUCCUUGAAGAAUCCAUGAUGACAUUUUACAAUUUUUUUCCGAAAAAUAACGUUGUUUUUUUCUUUGUUUUGACUGAAUUCGUACUGGAUUAUGUUUAUUCUGUGUGUUUGCUUAUGCUAAUGAUUUUUUAUUUUA